CCUUCCUCGACAUUUUAUCAAUCACUUGGCAGGGGUAACUAAUAGACCAAUUGAUCCAAGAUGGCUACUGAUGAGAGAGCAGGGGCUGAAAUUCUUCGUGGAAAGGAAGCUUGUGAUCGAUUUUCGGUAGAGUUGAUGAAAGAGCUGGGAUUCCCAAGUGGUGUUCUUCCCACAGGAGAGCUAGAAGAAUGCGGUAGAGUGAGAGCCACGGGCUUCGUAUGGUGGAAAUGCAAGGCCCCUUAUGAGCACUUCAAUGUCAUAACCAACACCAAGAACAGCUAUGCUGCCGAGACCACUGCGUAUGUGGAGAAGGGAAAGAUGAAGAAGAUGACAGGCGUCAAGAGCAAGCGGCUGAUGAUAUGGGUUCCCAUUGUUGAGAUGCUCAUCGAUGGCAACAAGAUCACCUUCAAGACACCCAUGGGGGUAGGCAAGUCCUUCCCUCUCACCUCUUUCAUGAACGAAGAGGAAAAGAAGGAGUAUCUCCAAUAAAACGUUGCAGCAAACUAAUCAGUAUUGGUCACUAGACAUUUUC